CGUUUUCAGACAAAAAAAACCUUGACUGUUUGACCAUGGCGAUGAGCGCUUUCAGUGGCAUUUCCGUAAUUCUAACAUUUCUUCUCCUCGCCGUAUCCGCAGCGAGCGCUCAGGGGGAGGACGAACAGAAGGAGCACGUCUUGACGUUGGACCACACGAACUUCACCGAAACUGUGUCUAAGCACAAAUUCAUCGUCGUCGAAUUCUAUGCUCCCUGGUGUGGACACUGCCAGAGACUUGCUCCAGAGUAUGAAAAAGCAGCCUCCUUGUUGAGCAGUCAUGACCCUCCCAUAACACUUGCAAAAAUUGAUGUGAGUGAUAAAGUAAACAGCGAAAUUGCUACCAAAUUUAAGAUCCAGGGUUUCCCAACCAUUAAGAUCUUACGCAGUGGAGGAAAUGCUAUUCAAGAAUACAAAGGUCCUCGUGAGGCAGAUGGUAUAGUUACUUAUUUGAAAAAACAAACUGGUCCCUCGUCAGCUGAAAUCAAGUCAAGGGAAGAUUCUGCAAAGCUUAUAGAUGAGAAAAGACUCUUUGUUGUUGGUGUGUUUCCAGUAUUCUCUGGGGAAAGUUUCCAGAACUUCUCAAUUCUAGCUGAAAAACUACGAGGUGACUAUGAUUUUGGUCACACCCUUGAUGGCAAACUCCUCCCACACGGUGGACCAGUUGACAAGCCAACACUCCGGCUACUUAAGCCAUUUGAUGAGCUGUUUGCAGACUUCCAGGACUUCCAUGUUGAUCAAUUGGAGAAAUUCAUUGAAGAAGCUAGUAUCCCUACUGUGACUAUUUAUGACAAAAAUGAAGAAAAUAUUCGUUUUGUUAAAAAGUUGAUCUACAGUCCCGACACUAAGGCUCUGUUGUUUGUAAACUUCAGCCGUGACUUUGAUGCUUUCAAAUCAAAAUACCAUGAGGUUGCAUCAGGUUAUGAGAGAAAGGAAAUAAGAUUUCUUUUGGGAGAUACAGAGGCCGCUGCUGGUGUCCUUACGCACUUUGGACUGAAAGCGGAUCAAGCACCUGUAAUCUUAAUACAGUCCACUGAUGGAAAAAAUUAUUUGAAGCCAAAUGUGAAACCCGAUGAUAUUGCAUCUUGGGUUAAGGACUACAAGGAGGGGAAAUUGAAGCCAUAUAUAAAAUCCGAGCCUAUUCCCGAAGUCAACAAUGAACCAGUUAAGGUGGUUGUUGCUGAUAACCUGGAAGAUUUCGUGUUUAACUCGGGGAAGAAUGUUCUGAUAGAAUUCUAUGCACCCUGGUGUGGCCACUGUAAGAAACUGGCUCCAAUCUUGGAUGAAGUUGCAGUUUCAUUCGAGAACGACCCCGAUGUCACGAUUGCAAAAAUGGAUGCAACUGCAAAUGAUAUCACGAGUAAUAGAUUUGAAGUUGAAGGGUUCCCAACCCUAUACUUCGUAUCUGCAAGUGGUAACUUGGUCAAAUAUGAAGGGGAUAGAUCAAAAGAGGACUUUAUUGACUUUAUCCAGGAAAAUAGGGAUAUACGUAGCAAUACAGACUCUGCUGCAUCAAAAGAACCAGCCAAGGAUGAGCUCUGAUCUGAGGAGGAGGUUUGAGUCUUUAGUUUUUACAAUAGCAUGGGACUGAUGGGAGGAUUCGUUCAAGUUAUUUUUUGUUUUUCAUUUGUAAUAGUUUGGAGUUAAAAACAACAUAUUGUGUAAUUUACUAUAAGGUUUUUGGAG